UUCCAAUAUUCAAAUAUUGAAAAUGGAUUACUCAGAAGUUCCAUGAGGUCAUCGUUCUCGCCAAACAAAUUUCGCAGGGUAAUAAAUUUUUCUUUUUAAUAAAACAAUCGAGUCCGUGGUGGUCUAACUCCCAAAUCAAGUGGGUUGCCAUAUGGAAAUGCGUAUCUUUUCGUCUUCCACUUUCCGCCAAAUGUCUGUAACCGCCGCCGUACCUCCUUCAACUUCCACCAUGUCCUCCCCUGCAACUUCCUCCUCCUGCUCCUCCUCCUCCUCCACACUCGAUCUUAAUGCCAGAAGAAAGUCGAUCAGUACAUCCUCCUCCUCCUUCAUCAGCACACACAGAUUCAAAUGCAUCAUUUCUAGAUCCUUCCGGAGCACUUCUUAUCCUUCUCCCAUCAGGGUCAGACACCUCUCUCCAGUCAUGGAAUGGCAAGAUUGCACGGUCAAAAUGGAAGUAGAUGUGCCGACUUCAGUUGCUUAUAAGUGCUAUUCUGAUCAUGGGGCUAUUCCUGAAUGGAUGCCUUUUAUUUCAUCUGUAAAGAUGGUGGAGGAUAAGCCUGACUUAUCUAGAUGGUCACUGAAGUAUAAAGCUUUUGGGCAGGAUCUUGAAUAUUCAUGGCUUGCUCGACAUAUGCAGCCUACUCCAAACCAGAAGCUCCACUGGAGAUCUGUGGAGGGCCUUCCUAACAGGGGAGCUGUGCGAUUUUUUCCCAAAGGCCCAUCAUCCUGCAUCAUACAACUAACAGUUUCAUAUGAAGUGCCUCUAUUGUUGGUUCCAGUGGCAUCAGCAUUGAAACCUUUUUUUGAAAACCUGCUGGCACAAGGGUUGGAACGCUUUGCAACAUUUGCUAAGAGCUACUCAGCUGACGUGCACCUAAAUGAUUUAUAAACUAAUUUCAUGCCAGUAAUGGUUCUCUGUCUCUUGCUUUUUGCGUUGGGGAAGAAGCAAAAGAAUUGUACAAUUAUGGGGAAUAGAUUUUUAAAUGAGCAAAAUAUGAACUGUUAAGUUCUUGGAUAUUGUACUAGAUAUAAAACCAUUAAGAAAUUAAGGGGUCGUUUGGUAUCAGGACAAUUAGUACAGAUUUGCAAUGCAAGAAUUAGUAAUGCAAGAAUCGUAGUGUUUGGAUUGUUUUUGAUCAAGCGUUUGGUUCAUGGAUCUGUUUUCAACAUUAUUUCCAUUAAGAAAUUAAGGGGUCGUUUGGUCUCAGGACAAUUAA